UCCUAUAAACACCUUCAAUCAUGUCAACUAAUUCCUGUGAUGUAACUGUUAAGCCAGUGUGUGUGUGUGUGUGUGUGUGUGUGUGUGUGUGUGUGUGCACGCGUGCGUACAGCAGGGAACGAUGAAACAGGCACAAUUACAGAUUUUCAUAACAAACUGCUCCUUAGGGAGCAGAAAUCAACAUCGUUCGCCGUGCUAGACAAACACCCAUCUACAGUAGUUCAGCCUGUUUAUAGAUAACCCUUUACACCAGGGUUUAUCAUAGGGCAGUCUUCAGCUGUACCAUUCUAUUGUACAAUUCUGCCGCAGUGCUGGCUGUAACCAUAGAGUCCCAAGGGGAGCGAGUCUCCAGAGAGCAGAAGCCACCUGGAAUGAAUGACGCCACCAAACCAUAAAGUCAACAGCCUUUCCUCUGCCAUUUCAUACUGUGUGAUCCAGAGCAAUGCCGGCGACAUGCUGGAGCGUUUCACAAGCUAAGCAGGGCCCAAUGGAUUUGGCAGUGUUUGCACUUGAGAUUUGCAACGGGCUGAACAAUGCAGAACAGCCACCCUGGAAUUCUUAUUCCCAGCGGAACAUAAAGACUCCAUUGUGAGAGAACAGAGGAGCGAAAGGAUGUAGGAGGCUUGAUCUGAGAUAGCAGCCUUUAUAAACGUGUACCAUAGUAAAAGCAUAGCAAAGCAUAGUGAAAGCAUGGUAAAGUAUAGUAAAGAACAGUGAGGUAUGAUAAAGCAUAUUAAUAAACAUGGUAAACCAGGGUAAAUUAUGGUUAAUACAUGUUAUUACCAUGGGAAAAGCAGGGUAAAAGAGCAAAAAAUAUAGUGCAAAAAUCCCAUGGUAAACUUGCAUAAGGGAUCACACUGAUCUGACCGCACAUUCACUCAGGAUCUCCUGUGGAAGAUAGUGCUUACAGACCCAGAGAAAUGCAUGACAGAAAUCAUACAUUUCAUUCGACUGGGGACCGUGUGUGUAGCAGAAGCAGUAGCUUUGUAUGGUGUGGUUUACAAGGACCCCUCACUUUGAUGUAGUUUCAGGUCUGUUAUUAACCAAUUCAAAUACCUUUUUUAGAGAAGGGUGUUAUUUGUGUAUCAGUCAAGCUUAAAAGGGUUACAGCUAAUGAAAUAGUUCCAUGGAUUUUAAUAUUAAAUAAUAAAAAUAAAAGAUAUCUGGUACCAAAUAGGUUAACAAAAAUAUGUUUUUCAGAAAUUGUGUCCCUGCCCAGAGAAAGAAAAUAAGUGAUCAACAACAACAUUUACAGGCCCUAAACCCAACUAGGCACUCCCCUAAUCCAGACGGCUUCUCAAUGGAGCUUUUCAACAGAGAGCUGAUCUGUAGGAGUCUUUCAUACUUCAUGCAUCUCAUCAUGUUGUGUCAGCCCACACCACAAACAGAAAUGUUUAAUCUCACAAGGGCGCUACAGCAACCCCUGCCCCACAGAUCUGCAGUCUGGUGCACCUUCCCUGGUAGGAACAGGACGCCUCGCUUUCCAUUGCACUGGGACUGGGAACAGCAGAGGAAGCCCUCUUUAGAAGUGAAAGCAGACUCAGUUAACUCAGGCACGGGGUCAUUCCUCUGGGUAAUAAAGAGCUGUUGUCAGUGUUGUGAGACAAGAGGACCUGCACAGCUGCUCAAUGCGGCGCGGCCAUGGCCUGGUUUGACUUGGCACGGGAAAAGUAUGGAUUUCCAGAUAUAGAGCUCUUUGUAAAGGCCGGCAGUGACGGGGAGAGCAUUGGGAACUGCCCGUUCUGCCAGCGCCUCUUCAUGAUCCUCUGGCUUAAAGGAGUAAUAUUCAACGUCACCACUGUGGAUCUGAAAAGAAAACCAGCAGACCUGCAGGACUUGGCCCCGGGGACGAACCCUCCAUUCAUGACGUUUAACGGGGAGGUGAAAACAGACGUGAACAAGAUAGAGGAGUUCCUGGAGGACAAGCUGGUGCCUCCCAGAUACCCGAAGUUGGCUGCCAAGCACCCAGACUCCAACUCUGCAGGGAAUGAUGUCUUUGCCAAGUUUUCUGCCUACAUUAAAAACGCCAGGAAGGAUUUCAAUGAAAACCUGGAAAAGGCUCUACUGAAGGCCCUGGGGAGGCUGGAUGAAUACCUGACCACUCCGCUCCCUGACGAGAUCGACGCUGACAGCAUGGACGAGCUACCCUCCUCCAGCAGGAAGUACCUGGACGGGGAGGAGCUCACCCUGGCUGACUGCAACCUGCUCCCCAAACUGCACAUCAUCAAGGUGGUAGCGAGGAAAUAUCGCAAUUUUGAGAUCCCAGUGGAGAUGACAGCAGUCUGGAGAUACCUUAAUAACGCCUACAGCAGGGACGAGUUCACUAACACGUGCCCGGUGGACCGCGAGAUCGAGGUCGCGUACCUGGACGUGGCGAAGAGGAUUAAAUAAAAAAACAAACAUUCUGGGAAGGCGGGGACGAUCACAGCUGCUACGGACAGCAGUUCAUACACAAGAGUCCCCUUAUCAAGAAAGACUCAUGGUGAUUUUAAUCUAGGAUUCUGCAUAUACUAAAGCGUGAAUAAUGGGGUGCCAGAGAGUGUGUCCUUGCCCAGCUCAGUGAUGUGCAGUGGUGAAUUGCACUCUGACUGGGUUUAUGUUGCUGGGGGGCAUUGGAAUUCAAUGACUGCCAUUGGUGCCCCCAUGUCAAGCCAUGUCAAUUAACUGCAGUGAAUAGUUAGACCGUAGUUUAACUGUAACCGCAGUUAAGCUGCACUGCAAUCACAUGGUGUCUGGGUUCAACGCGUAUCUGGAGUUUUUUGUUUUACAUCAAUGAACGGUACUGUUGUUACAAUCUGCAGUUACAGUGAGCGUAGACUGAAGUCCAUUUCUUUAGUUUUUUGAAUGGGAACAAUCCAGUUCUCCUUCAAACUGGGGCUUCACAAUAUUUAAGUUUAAGAGAUUUGCAUCAUAUUUUCAGCACUCACUGGGAAACCCUAAGCCCGAACACGAAUUGCAAAUUCAUAACAAAUAUCGCCUUAUCAAUACACUAGUAUAAAAUGCUAAAGUUUACCAGCUUUGAGUAAACAAGUCAUCAUUUUGACCCCAUACGACACCGUAUUUCCUUUGAGCCCCUCCCACCCCCCCCUCCUUCUCUACUUUUAUGUAUGACCUUUUUUUUAUUGCCUCCUUCGCUGCUGAAAUUGCAUCGUUGCCCCCUUUUUUGUGUGUGAAAUGUUUAGGUUAUAGAAGUUCUUACACUUUUUCUUUUACAAAAUUUUAAAGUAGCAGCAAUACCAAAGCUCGGCACAUUGGCUUGUAUUGACACUUCCCGUUCCCGUUAUUUCAAAAAUAGGACCAGGUUAACAGGACAUGUCUAGAAAAAGCCAAUCCAUCUGGGAUUUACUCCUGCUUUUGAAAGAUGACUGUGACAGAAUGUGAAACAAUCCUGCAUAAAUAUAUAAUUAGUAUAAUAACAACAGCUGUAAUCAGUUAGAUGUAUCAGCUGUCAUUGGCUCUAGUUUGUGUUCUGAAAACUAGACUUAGACAGCUUGCAAUACUUAAUUGUAUUUUUAUCAUUUGACCAGGACCAAAAAAAAAUCACCCAAUUAUAUCCUCAUCUGGUAUUAAUCAUAAUUAUUGAUUUUUAAUUUGCUGGGUUAUUUAAUCUGCCACUAUUUGUAGUGUAGUGUUUUUUUUUAUAUCAGCUGUUAUUAACAAUUUGAACACCAGUAUUACUGUACACAUGCCUUAUUCAUCUCAAAAGAGAAUAAAAUACAAAUCUAUUACAAUGCUUUUAUGUUUUUAUUUUUGUCUAAUGAUUUAUCUCUAUAUGUGUUUCUUUACCUUCUGAUCUGACUCAAAAAACACGGAGCGGAUUGGUCCCAAAACUUUGUAAAACACGGAGCGGAUUGGUGCCAGAACUUUGUCCAGUUGGCUCUUAAAGGCUUCCAGUGAGUCAGCAGCUACAAUGUGGCUUGAUAACCUGCUCCAUGCUCUCACUACAGUCCCCUCCCCUCUGCUCCGUGCUCUCACUACAGUCCCCUCCCCUCUGCUCCAUGCUCUCACUACAGUCCCCUCCCCUCUGCUCCGUGCUCUCACUACAGUCCCCUCCCCUCUGCUCCG